AUGUUACCUGUAACAGACAGUUUGGAAAAUCUGUCAAAAGAGUUGGUCCACGUCGGAGACCCCAAUGAAAAUGACAUAGGGUUUGUUGCAAAGGAUGACAUUAAUAGAAAAGAAUUAGCGAUGUCGACGAGCGAGCUAGCGACUAUGGUAAGAAUCACUUAUCUGUUAGAUUUAUGUUCAAUAUGUCUCAAAACACUCAAAAAAGGUUCAAAGUCUUUUUCAAGAUUGUCGCGCGGUCGAAAACGUAGAACAGUUCCUAGAGAGUUAGAUUUUACAGGAUAUAACCCUAUUAUGGUGGUUGAGCAUCCGAAAAAACAAAAAGUGGCAGUAAAAGGUGCAGACUACAAAGGAGAACAGCUUUCCCCCAUGUUAGAAAGGUCGGUCGACAUUGUAGAUGAGUUGACACAAGAACUUGUCUUUGAGUAUGAGUGUAAAACUGUGGUAAAUUAUUGUAUUGACAAACAAGGCCUCAAACGCAUGACUACAGAAGAAUUGAGAGGUUAUGCCAAAUUUUUUGCAGCUAGAAUUAAUCAUCACCAACACGACCGUAGUGUGAAUUGA